GGAGAUUUAAGUGGUGAGCGAGAGCAGAGCGACAGAGAAGGGACUGGGGUGAGAGUGGGAGCUGAAGACUGAGAGAGAAACAGGCAAGGGGGAAAGAGGAGUAGGGGAGCAUCAGAGUUGAGUCUGCUUGUAACCACCGCCUGUCGGAUCUCCUUCAGCAGACGGGCUGCUGCUGCUGCUGCUGCUGACUGGAGACUGGAUCCUUUUGCAGCACACACACCAGAGUUUCCCUGUGGCUAUGCGUUCAGCUUGCGUUAACCUCUGCUGGCUCCGUCACUGGCACACAUGAGCGAAGGUUUGACCAGCUUGGACCUGACUCAACACCCAUGAACCCCUGCCAACUCUGGCAUACCGUCUCAUUAAGGUGCCCAGUUGGACUGUGGAGGCCAUUGCAGAACAGUGAAUUCAUUUAUCUGUUCAGGAAACCAGCUUGAAAUUAUAUGAACGCUGAGAAAUGGCAUGUUAUCCUGCUGGAAGCAGCCAUCUGAAAAUGGGUUCACUGUGGUCAUAAAGGAAUGGACAUGGUCAACAACAACACUCAGAUGGGAAAUGGCUCCGAAAUUUUUCAGUCCGUGUCCAGAAUAUCAAAAGACAAUGACUUCAUCAUGGGAACACUCUACACCAUAUUUGGUGUGUUGUCCAUACUGGGGAAUGGGAUCCUGCUGUUUGUGGCCUAUAGAAAGAAAUCCUCUCUGAAGCCAGCAGAGUUCUUUGUUGUCAAUCUGGCCAUCAGUGAUUUGACCAUGACCAUAACCCUGUUUCCACUAGCCAUUCCCUCAGCCUACGCUCACAUGUGGUUAUUUAACCUGACAACCUGCACUGUCUAUGCCUUUUGUGGUGUUUUGUUUGGCCUGUGCAGUCUGUCCAAUCUCACGGUGCUCUCUUGUGUUUGUUGGCUCAAGGUCUGCUGUCCAAACUAUGGUAACAAAUUCUCAUACUGCCAUGCCUCCCUACUUGUCGCGGGCAUCUGGUGCUACGCCGGAGUGUUUGCCGUGGGUCCACUGUCAGGUUGGGGAGAGUAUGGGGCUGAACCUUAUGGGACUGCUUGCUGCAUCAACUGGCACGCUCCCAACCACAGUUCUGCAGCGAUGAGUUACAUCAUCUGUCUCUUCUUCUUCUGCUACAUUGUUCCCUGUACUGUUAUAUUUCUGUCCUACACCUUCAUCUUAGUGACAGUGCGAGGCUCUCGGCAGGCCGUGCAGCAGCACAUGUCUCCACAGAACAAGAUCACCAAUGCACAUGCACUUAUAGUUAAGCUUUCCGUGGCAGUUUGCAUUGGUUUCCUCACAGCUUGGAGUCCAUAUGCAAUUGUUUCCAUGUGGGCAGCCUUUGGGAACGCAACAGAUGUACCACCAAUGGCUUUUGCUUUGGCAGCCAUUUUUGCCAAGUCCUCCACCCUUUACAAUCCCAUUGUCUAUCUGGUCUUCAAGCCCAAUUUCCGCAAGUCUCUGUGUCGGGAUGUUGCUCACUGCAGAAGCACACUCUGCAGAUGUUUUUGUCAACACAGCUCUGCACAGAAGGGAACUUGCAGGCAAUCUCAUCACAUUGACGAGUGCAACUCUACAAGGUUGUCAAAUGGACUGCCAGAGAACCACCGGACCUGCAGACAUUGUCCUUGUACUGAAACAGUCUCCGGUGCCAAGGAAAAUUUCACAGAUUACAGUCCUCAACAGACUGCCAGAAUACUGAAAGGAUCUGUGCAAACCGAGGUCGCUGUCAGUCAGCUCUCCAAUGAGCUGCAGAGUGACUUUCUUUAAGGAGAGAAAAACACAGCCUCAAAAACAAAAGCUGCCAAAAGAAACCAGCAACAAAAAACUGCAAGAUGUUGGAUUAAAAAAAAAGGCUAAUUGCAAUUUCAGGAAUAAUCCAAAGCUCAAGACUUACUCACUGAUGAAAAAGACUUUAUUCAGUAUUAUUCCUGAGUUUAAAGCUUGUUCUAUGCCUCAAAUAUUUAAUACUGCCAAUAGAAAAAAAAAAAAAAGAGUUAAAAAAUUUGAUCAUGCAGUUAGAUGCAAAUACAGUAAAAUAAGCAAGCCAACCAGUUCAGAUGGUAAAUUUGUCAGGUAAAAAUUACAAGCAUCAACUAUUUUAUUGCUCUGAACAAUCAACAUCUAGGAAACAAGACUGAAGAGUCAAAUUGCAAAAUCAAUUUAAGCUGGAUUUAGUGGGAGGAACUGAUACUGAAACUGACUACUCCCUAAACAACCCUUUAUGUUUUUUUACAAGUGCUGUACGUUAUGAGAUAUUUGUAUUUAUUAAUGCAUGCCUCAUACUGAAGGACUACAGGGUUGCUGCUCUUAUCUAAAAGUAAGUAAAUAUUGUGUUCCUAUUGCUGUCAGAGAACGUUUUCGAAGCCUCAAUUAAUUUGCCUACAAUUUGUCGAACUUGAGGUUCACCUUUUCAUCAAGUAGAUUCAUCAAAUAAAUAAAGAACAAUUCAAACUCACAAAGCUUUUUAUUACCCUCAUAAAAAUGAACAUCCUAGUAACAGCAUUAGUUACUCUGCAGUGUUAUAUCUCAUUGUCUCUAGGAAAAAUGCUUGGAUGGUUGGUUUAACAGCUCCUUUGGGCCAAAACAAGAACAAUUUUUUAAUAUUUCAUGGAAAUGUUUAUUUUUAUUUUACAGUUUACUUCUUCUUUAUUUUAUUUAUUUAUUUAUUUAUUUUUUUACAUAUUAUAAUUUGUGAUAUAAAAUUUGAUCUUCUGGCACCAAAGCAAGGAAAAAAAGCAGAAUGAAAGGAUUACCCCUUAGAUGUCUCAUUCUAAAAAUAACACACACAAAAACCCCCCAAAAGAAAUAACAAAAGUAAUUAAACUAAAAGGCUUG